AUGGUAAAGCUUCAGCAUCAGCCUCUUUUCUCACUCACACUUCUACUUAUCUUGCUCUCCCAUUGCACCAAAAUCUUAGCUCAAGCUCCUGCUGCAGCCCCUGCUGCUGUUCCUGCUGUUCCUGCUGCUCCUGCUGCCCCAGUUGCCCCAGCUGCCCCAAUUGCCCCAGCUGCCCCAAUUGCCCCGGCUGCCCCAUCAAUUACAGGGCCAGCAGUUCCAGCACCACCAGCUGAUGCCCCUGCACCUCCAGGCCCAACCAACAUCACCAAGAUCCUUGAAAAAGCAGGUGGCUUCAAUGUCUUCAUCCGCCUUUUAAAAAGCACCCAAAUUGACAGACAGCUCUACAGCCAACUCAAUAACUCAAAUAGCCAACUCACCGUUUUAGCCCCAACUGACAGUGCCUUCUCAAGGCUCAGCACAGGCUCACUCAACUCUUUGGGCGAUGAGCAAAAAGUGCAGCUCUUACAAUUCCAUCUGAUCCCAGAUUUUCUCACAAUCCAAAACUUUCAAACUCUCAGCAAUCCAGUGAGAACCCAAGCUGGAACUGGAUUUGACUAUCCACUAAACAUUACCACAACAGGCAGUUCAGUCAAUAUUUCCACUGGCCUUGUGAACACCUCCAUUUCAGGCACUGUCUACUCUGAUAAUCAAAUUGCUAUUUACAAAGUUAACAGUGUGCUCCAGCCUUAUGGUGUUUUUGCCCCCAAGCAUCACCAACCGUCACCGGCUCCGGCACCUGCACAAGAGAAGCCUAAGGAGGAGUCUUCAUCAUCCGAUUCUGAUGACACUACUCCUGAUGUUGCUGAAGUGAAGUCUGGUGCUGUUCCUUGUCUGAUCCCCAAGAUUAAUGCCAUUGUCUCCAUUGGAGUUUCAGUGGUUGCUGCUGCAGCUAUAAGCUUUUUGUGA